AGCAUAAUCCAUUUUAGCGAAAACAGAGGUACCAGACAAGCCAGCUAACCUUCUCGACCCUUUUUCCUUUUUCUCUUCCUCAAACCAAAUAUACCUCUCUUCUCAUCUUCUUCGAACCUUCCACCAUUUCCGAUCUCAAAUCUCCUGCUAAUUCUGCCUUUCUUGUAAGUAAUUUUUUGACCCAUUAUCCAAUUUUUAAUUAAUUUUUUUUGGAUAAGCUCAAUUGAUAAUUCCAUUUCUAUCUUAUAUGUUGAUUAUAUUUCAAGAUUCUGGCUUCAAUAGUUUCAGUUUCAUGUUAAUAAUAACCCCUUUUAAUUGUUUUCUCAGAUCCAUCCAUAAUCAGAAUUUUCAUAUUUUCAUGUUAUUGAUUAUUAUUUUUUCUCAAUUGAAUGGAUUAUGCAAAUAUGGGGUUGUGUUUGUUUUGUGGUAAAGUUUGAGUCUUUUAUGUGUUUUGGAUAAACUGAAGUAUUGAUGAGUUGUUUUGUGUAUGCUGGUAUUUUAGGGAAUUGGGAAAUUUGAUGAUUUAGCUGAAAUUGUUUUGAAGGAGCUGUUGUUGUAAAGGGUUUGCUGAAGGAACUGUAGAGGAUGGCGUGCAAAGGGUUUUGGGAGUGCUUGUUGAAGCUCUUGAACUUUUUGUUGACCCUUGUUGGUUUGACAAUGGUGGGGUAUGGCAUUUAUCUAUUUGUUGAGUACAAAAAUCAUUCACACUCUGGGGAUGAUUACCCAGUUGCACCACCUAUGAGUGGUGACAUGAUAGAGUUUGGUCGUCCAAUGCUGAUGGCUGUAUCGUUGGCUGGAAACAUCUUUGAUAAACUUCCAAAACCUUGGUUCAUAUAUUUGUUUAUUGGUAUUGGAGCAGUUCUUGUAGUUGUAUCUUGCUGUGGUUGCAUUGGAGCGGCAACAAGGAACGGUUGCUGCCUGAGUUGUUACUCCGUGUUGAUUUUCUUGUUGAUCUUGGUAGAGCUAGGUGCUGCUGGUUUUAUAUUCUUUGAUAAAAGCUGGAAAGAUGAAAUUCCAAGGGAUAAAACGGGCAACUUUGAAACGAUCUAUGAUUUUCUGGAUGACCACUGGAAGAUUAUUAAGUGGGUUGCCCUUGGUGCUGUUAUAUUCGAGGCUCUUAUAUUCUUAUUGGCCCUCGUGGUAAGGGCAGCAAACAGACCAGCAGACUAUGAUAGUGAUGAUGAGUACAUAGGUGGUCCCAGACAACAAAUCCGACAGCCACUGAUCAACAAUAGGACACCAGCAAAUCCUGCAACUGGUGUCCCUGUUACUGCUACUCUUGAUAAUCGUCCAAGUAGAAAUGAUGCAUGGAGUACACGUAUGAGGGAAAAGUAUGGACUCGACACAUCAGAGUUUACUUACAACCCAUCGGAGUCAAACAGAUAUCCGCCAACUGCCACACAGCCGCAAGAGGAAAGGAAGGGUUGUGCCAUAAUGUGAUGAUAUGGUCUUGUGUAAAUUUGGGAGGACUGAUGAUUGUGCUUGUCUGUGUAAUUUAGUCUGGUGUGAAGUAUUUGUGUCUGCUGUAAGCCUUUUCUCUUUGUGGAGUCUUAUGUACAAAACACAGUUUUCGGGAUCUUCACUUGUU